CUGUCUGCCUGUCUGUCUGUCUGUCUGUCUGUCUGUCUGUCUGUCUGUCUGUCUGUCUGUCUGUCUGUCUGUCUGUCCCUGGUCUGAGAUGACCUGCAGGUUUAAACGUCUAUCUGUCUGUCUCUCUAUCUCUAUGUAUAUACCCAGGUCUGAGAGGACCUGCAGGUUUAAAGGUCUGUCUGUCUGUCUGGAUACGCUGCCUGAGAGGACCUGCAGGUUUAAAGGUCUGUCUGUCUGUCUGUCUGUCUGUCUGUCUGUCUGUCUGUCUGUCUGUCUGUCUGUCUGUCUGUCUCUAUAUAUCUCUCUAUCUAUAUACCCAGGUCUGAGAGGACCUGCAGGUUUAAAGGUCUGUCUGUCUGUCUGUCCUGGUCUGAGAGGACCUGCAGGUUUAAAGGUCUGUCUGUCUGUCUGUCCUGGUCUGAGAGGACCUGCAGGUUUAAAGGUCUGUCUGUCUCUCUGGAUACCCUGGUCUGAGAGGACCUGCAGGUCUGUCUGUCUGUCUGUCUGUCUGUCUGUCUGUCUGUCUGUCUGUCCCUGGUCUGAGAUGACCUGCAGGUUUAAACGUCUAUCUGUCUGUCUCUCUAUCUCUAUGUAUAUACCCAGGUCUGAGAGGACCUGCAGGUUUAAUGGUCUGUCUGUCUGUCUGUCUGUCUGUCUGUCUGUCUGUCUGUCUGUCUGUCUGUCUGUCUCUAUAUAUCUCUCUAUCUAUAUACCCAGGUCUGAGAGGACCUGCAGGUUUAAAGGUCUGUCUGUAUGUCUGUCUGUCUGUCCUGGUCUGAGAGGACCUGCAGGUUUAAAGGUCUGUCUGUCCCUCUGGAUACCCUGGUCUGAGAGGACCUGCAGGUUUAAAGGUCUGUCUGUCUGUCUGUCUGUCUGUCUGUCUGUCUGUCUGUCUGUCUGGAUACCCUGGUCUGAGAUGACCUGCAGGUUUAAACGUCUGUCUGUCUGUCUGCUUGUCUGUCUGUCUGGAUACCCUGAUCUGAGAGGACCUGCAGGUUUAAAGUUCUGUCUGUCUGUCUCUCUAUCUAUAUACCCGGGUCUGAGAGGACCUGCAGGUUUAAUGGUCUGUCUGUCUGUCUGUCUGUCUGUCUGUCUGUCUGUCUGUCUGUCUGUCUGUCUGUCUGUCUGUCUGUCUGUCUGUCUCUAUAUCUCUCUCUAUCUAUAUACCCAGGUCUGA